CUUGGCUCCACCCCGGGCGCGGAGAGGCAGGUUCCGAGGCUGCAGCACCUGGUGGAGUCAGGGUGGCCGUGUCCGGCAGUUUCCGCGCGGUCGUCCAGAAUUCUAAGGCUUUCUGCAGAGAUUUGAAAAAUGGCAACAAAUGAAAGUGUCAGCAUCUUUAGUUCAGCAUCCUUGGCUGUGGAGUAUGUAGAUUCACUUUUACCUGAGAACCCUCUACAAGAACCAUUUAAAAAUGCAUGGAACUAUAUGUUGGAUAAUUAUACAAAGUUCCAGAUUGCAACAUGGGGAUCCUUGAUAGUUCAUGAGGUCCUUUAUUUCUUGUUCUGUUUACCUGGAUUUUUGUUUCAAUUUAUACCUUACAUGAAAAAGUACAAAAUUCAAAAGGACAAACCAGAAACAUGGGAAAACCAGUGGAAAUGUUUUAAAGUACUUCUCUUUAAUCACUUUUUUAUCCAGCUUCCUUUGAUCUGUGGAACUUAUUAUUUUACAGAGUAUUUUAAUAUACCUUAUGAUUGGGAAAGAAUGCCAAGAUGGUACCUGCUUUUGGCAAAAUGCUUUGGCUGUGCGGUGAUUGAGGAUACCUGGCACUAUUUCCUGCAUAGGCUCUUACACCACAAAAGAAUAUAUAAAUAUAUUCAUAAAAUUCAUCAUGAGUUUCAGGCUCCAUUUGGAAUGGAAGCUGAAUAUGCACAUCCCUUGGAAACUCUGAUUCUUGGAACUGGAUUUUUCAUCGGAAUCAUGCUUUUAUGUGAUCACGUCAUUCUCCUUUGGGCAUGGGUGACUAUUCGUUUGAUAGAAACUAUUGACGUCCAUAGUGGUUAUGACAUUCCUCUCAACCCUUUAAAUCUGAUCCCUUUCUAUGCUGGUUCUCGGCAUCAUGAUUUCCACCAUAUGAACUUCAUCGGAAACUACGCUUCAACGUUUACAUGGUGGGAUAGAAUUUUCGGAACAGACUCUCAAUUUGUUGCUUACAAUGAAAAGAUGAAGAAGAUUGAGAAAAAGACUGAAUAAGUAUCUCAUCUAUACCUUCCUGAAGGUACACACUUUUCCUGAAUUGAAGCAAGUAGCUAACAUUGCUUCUGCAGAGCAGAAAUAAACAUGUGUCUUGGCUGCUAAGUGAUACAGAGAA